AUGGGGCUGUUACAACCUUUCUCUGAUGGAUUGAAGUUAGUUUUUAAAAAACAGAGAUAUCCUUGUCAGUCUAAUUUUCUUAUUUAUUAUUGUUAUCCAAUCUUUAUAAUAGUUUUGUCUUUUAUGCUAUGAUGUUUGUUCUUUUUUUUUGGUGAGGGGUUGUUUAUACUAGUUUUCUUAGGUGUUGAGGUUUAUUGGGUGAUAAUUAGUGGCUGGUAUUUUAAUUCUAAUUAUGUUAUAUUAGGGGCAGUUCGUUCUGUGGCUCAGACCAUUUCUUAUGAAGUAAGAAUAGCCUUGUUGGCUUUAGGGGUUGUUUUUUUUAUUUGGGAGAUUUGAUUUUCUUGAUUUUAUAAUUUUUCAAAAAAAUAUUUUUUUUUGUUUUUUACUGUUUUUGGUUUUUGGUAUAUUUCUUGCUUGUUCGAAACAAAUCGUUCACCUUUUGACCUUGCUGAAGGAGAAUCAGAAUUAGUUUCAGGGUUUAAUAUUGAGUACAGAAGAGGGGGUUUUGCAUUUAUUUUUUUAUCUGAAUAUAUAAAUAUUCUUUUUAUAAGAACAUUCACUUGUAUUUUAUUUUGAAGGGCUGAUUUAAGACGUUUGUUUUUUUAUAUCAAGGUUUUGGGAUUUUGAAUAGGCGAUAAACUUAUAUAUAUGACGUGAAAGAGUUUUUUACCUAUUUCAUUAAAUUAUUUAUUAAUUAUUAUUAGAAUUUUCUAA